CAUCUUUGAUGGACUUAGUUAUUGGAUACCACAUAGCUGGUAUCGAGACGGUCUUUUCGUAGGUGCUAUCGCUUCCGCUGAUUUCCGACAUCAUGGACGAGGAGUUGUCUUACGAGUCACUCAUGGCUACGGACAAUGGUCUGUCCUUCUAACUGAAUUUCUCGCUGCAACUUUAGUUGGGUUCCUGCUAACUCAUUAGUUCAUUGCAGACGCCGUCGAGGCUGCGCAAGCCGAAGUCGUGGUUGCUAACAACCGCGCUGACGCCGCUGAGGCUCGAGCUUUUGCUGCUGAGACUCGUGCUGUGGCCGCUGAAGCUCGCGCGGCGCUCGCUGAGGCCGCGGUUACGCAAUUGCAAAGCGUGAUUCGGACCGUUUCACACGCUCUCAACAGCGUUGAGCUGCCUUCCGGUGGGGUAAUUCCUGCGCUGUUAACAUGUCUGACACGUGGGGUGGUUUCCGGCUGAAUGGCUUGCCGCCUGGGCUAGGUGAUGGCGCUCAGCCGCCGGGGCAGGGAUUCGAUACUCAGCCGUUACCGACGGACCAGGAUGGCGAGUAUGUGCCGCAGUCACCUGACCAACGGGCUGGGACAGAACGGUCUCUGCAGGAUGAAAUUGAUGCUAUGUUCGCCCGGCCACGAACUGACCUGCCCCGUGACCCACGCCCACGCCGUUUUCCUCCGUUUUCAGCCACGCGCAAUGCUGGUGGCGCGGCUGCUGAUGCCGCGCCUGCCCCUGCCGCUGCUGCGCCUGCUCCUGCGCCUGUGGCUGCUGCUGCUGUCGCGCCUGUUCGCGCUGAUGAGGACAUGUCUGAGAGUGAGGAAGAGGAGGUGGAGCGGCCGCCCAAGAAGUCCAAGCACGCCAAGAAGUCCCAGCCUCGCGCUGCUGCCGCCACUGCUCACGGCAAGGGCAACAGCAAGGGCAACGGCAAGGGGCACGGCAAGGGCGGCAACGGCAAGGGCACGCUGGGGGCCAAGGGCGGUGUUGAGAAGGGGAAGGGGGAGCGGAUGAUGCGGAACUUCCCCUGUUCCCAUACUGAGUACCAGCGGCGCUUGGCCAACAACGAGUGCUUGCGUUGCGGGAGCAAGAAACACAUGGUGAAGGUCUGCCGGUCGGUCGCUGGUGAGCUGUGGGUGCCUCCUGAGGAGGCCGCCCAGCCGAUCGUUGGCUAGGGGGUUACCCAGGCUGGUGUUGAGGGGUCACCUCCUGGGCGUCUUUCACCUGCAGCGCUCGACGUCUGUCCUAGUCGUGCGGUUAGGGCUCUGUUGCCUACUGUGCUUGAGCAGGUCGAACAGUUGGUGGGACGCCGUUUCUCGUUUGAU